UUGAUGGUACUCCAGUGGGCAGGACAGGGCAUCCCUUCACCUGUCAGGCCCAUCUGUGACCUCCGGGUUCUGGACCACUUCAUCAUGGAGGCCCGCGACACAGAGACGGCUCUGCGAGGUUGCAAGGCGGGAUGUGGCGUGACAGGCACGUUUGUGGUUCCUCUGACAAACGUUGACUUUUUAGUCUGGGAGACAAAGGAUGUGAGUACCUGUCUACAGGCUGUGGAAGUCCAGUCAGGGCUGUCUCUGUUAGGCCAGGCUCUGGGCGCUGUGGGGGAGUCAUUGAGCAACGCUGUCAUGCAGAGCCUCAUCACCAACAACAAGAGCAACAUCCGGAGCCUGGGCCAAGUGCUGCAUAGCCUUCACAUCAAGGGCGUGUCCAUUCAUGCAGCCCCAGCUGGAGGUGGCACAGCAACCAGGAAGGUGUCAUCCCUAUCUGAACUGCUUAGUGUACACAUCAACUUCCUACGAGGAAAAGUUCGCCUGCUUCUCAAAAAUGCUCCCGUCUGUCAGCAGAGCAGUCCGUGA